UGAUAAUGCCUUUCUUAGAAUCCAUGCUAUCCGGUUGACGUCCGUUUAAAAGACGUCAGACAAAGGCGUAUCUUUGUUCUUUCAGGUGAGCUCUUGCAUGACAAGGUUAGGGACUGUUCGGAAAUAGGGAAGCGGCCACGUGAGACAGUUCCUAAACAUACUCGUCUCUUACUAAUGGCGUCGGACCCUUAGUGUUUAUAUGUGCCUUGCCAGUUCGUUGGUUGAAUUACGUUGUUUUUGUUACGGUUUAACUUUGUUGAGACAGCCCACGCUACCGACCAACCGUAGCGGUUAUUGAGUCAUGAACGGUCCCCUUAGGGCUGCCAAGUGGGAUGAAACACGGGUCGUCAUAUAUUGUGUACCCACCACUAGUACGUACCCACCAGCUGAACUGCCGGGGGCAAAUAGCUGAGGGCUUUGGCCCCCUGAUGGACGGUUUGGCUCUGACAGUGCUUCGAUCGAGGUCUGGUGGUGGUAUUUGGAGCAGAACGUUCGGUAGGAAAGCAGGCUAGAGCAGUCCUACAAACGUGCACACGUGUGUGGCCUAGUUGUGGCGUCCUUGGGCAACUGUUAUGGCCGGGAGGGAUGGAGGGGGCGACCCUGUAGUUAGUGAAGCCGGCGGGACAGAGCGCACGGCUGCCGGUAAACACCACCACCACCACCGCCGACUCUCCUUCUCCGGUAUCCGCACCUCCCUUCGCAGGUCCUCGGCGGCCCGGAGAAGCUCCCACGGCGCGGACUCCGACAGAAUGAGUGAAGAGGAGAUUCAAGAGUGGAGAGAUGCAUUUGACGUGUUCGACAGAGACAGAGACGGUGCCAUCAGCGCUAAAGAGUUAGGUUCAGCUAUGAGAUCGCUCGGGAUGGAUCCUUCAGAGUUUGAAAUCCAGGAGCUUCUGAACGAAGUAGACACCGACGGAACGGGCACGAUCUACUUCUCCGAGUUCCUCGCCCUGGUCACGAGACCCAUGGACGCCGACCAGGAGCUUGAGAACGAGCUGCGCGAGGCAUUUCGGGUAUUCGACAAGGAGGGCAACGGCUUCAUCAGCGUUCCAGACCUUCGUCACGUGAUGAUGAACAUCGCAGACAAGAUGGCGGAGGAGGAGGUGGAUGAAAUGAUGGAGGAGGCAGACGUGGAGGGGGACGGGCAGGUCUGUUACGAAGAGUUCAUACGGCUCAUGAUCAACAAGUGACUUGUGAAUACCAUUAAGAAACACACACACGACUAUGAACUCUACAUGGCGUAUGAUUUGGUGUGUACUUGGGAAUAUCAUGAUCAACAAGUGACGAUAAACGUGGUUGACCCGCUGCGUUAUGACUUGCACUCGGAAAGUUGAAGGAGCGUUGACAAGAGCUGUUAUUUGUCAUGGAGCCGCACAGGGGCGCUGUGAACUGAGGACAUUUUACUCGACCACUGAACGAGUAAUCUAGAACUUAGUACAAACGGCAACGGGGGUCCAUUGACCGUCUGUAACCUACGGGGGCUAACUGGUUACAGACGGUCAAAAUCUACUGUGUAACAAAUAAAUAUUAGGCUUAGUAAAUGAGAACCUGCGCAAUAAAUGAACAGAU